AUGAGUGAAAAGCUCUGCUUUGCACCCCUCAGCAUGGCGGCUCUGCAGCUCAUGACCCCCGCUUCCUCCCCCAUGGGUCCUUUCUUUGGAUUGCCAUGGCAACAAGAAGCUAUUCCUGAUAACAUUUACACGCCAAGAAAAUAUCAGGUGGAACUGCUCGAAGCAGCUCUGGACCAUAACACCAUCGUCUGCUUGAACACUGGCUCAGGGAAGACUUUCAUCGCAGUGCUACUCGCCAAGGAGCUGUCUUACCGGAUCCGGGGAGACUGCCAGGACAUUGGGAAAAGGACGGUGUUUUUGGUCAACUCUGCAAACCAGGUAUCCCAGCAGGCGUCGGCAUUCAGGACUCACUCCGAUCUCAAGGUGGGCGAGUACUCGGACCUCGAUGGAAGUGCUUCUUGGACAAAAGAGAAAUGGAACCAAGAGUUUACCAAGCACCAAGUUCUAGUUAUGACUUGUUACAUCGCCUUGAACGUGUUGAAAAAUGGUUACUUUUCACUCUCAGACAUUAAUCUCCUGAUGUUUGAUGAGUGUCAUCUUGCAAUCUUAGACCAUCCCUACCGAGAAAUUAUGAAGCUCUGUGAAAACUCUCCAUUAUGUCCCCGGAUUUUGGGACUAACUGCUUCCAUUUUAAAUGGGAAAUGUGAUCCUGAGGAGUUGGGAGAAAAAAUUCAGAAACUGGAGAGAAUCCUGAAGAGUAAUGCAGAAACGGCGACUGACUUGGUGGUGUUGGACAGAUACACUUCACAGCCCUGUGAAAUUGUGGUGGAUUGUGGGCCCUUCGCUGACCGAAGUGGGCUGUACGAGAGACUGCUGUUAGAAUUAGAAGAUGCACUUAAUUUUAUCAAUGACUGUAACAUACCUGUACAUUCAAAAGAAAGAGAUUCUACUUUAAUUUCUAAACAGAUACUGUCCGACUGCCGCGCUGUCCUGGUGGUGCUGGGCCCAUGGUGUGCCGACAAGGUCGCUGGCAUGAUGGUCCGCGAGCUGCAGAAGUACAUCAAGCAUGAGCAGGAGGAGGUGCAGCGUAAGUUCCUGCUGUUCACUGACACAUUCCUCAGGAAGAUCCACGCACUGUGCGAGGAGCACUUCUCGCCUGCCUCCCUGGACUUGCGCUUUGUGACGCCCAAGGUCGUCAAACUGCUGGAGAUCCUGCGUAAGUACAAGCCGUACGAGCGGCAGCAGUUCGAGAGCGUCGAGUGGUACAACAACAGGAACCAGGAUAAUUAUGUGUCCUGGAGCGACUCCGAGGUGGAUGAGGAUGAUGAAGAGAUUGGAGAGAAAGAGAAGCCAGAGACGAAUUUCCCUUCCCCAUUCACCAACAUUUUAUGCGGGAUCAUUUUUGUGGAAAGACGAUACACCGCAGUGGUCUUAAACAGAUUGAUAAAGGAAGCUGGCAAGCAGGACCCAGAGCUGGCUUACAUCAGCAGCAAUUUCAUAACUGGACACGGCAUUGGAAAGAACCAGCCGCGUAACAAACAGAUGGAAGCCGAAUUCCGAAAACAGGAAGAGGUACUUAGGAAAUUUCGGGCCCAUGAGACUAACCUGCUCAUUGCAACAAGCAUUGUGGAAGAAGGUGUUGAUAUACCGAAAUGCAACUUGGUGGUUCGUUUUGAUUUGCCCACAGAGUAUCGGUCUUAUGUUCAGUCCAAGGGCAGAGCCAGGGCCCCCAUCUCUAAUUACAUAAUGUUAGCAGAUACAGACAAGAUCAAGAGUUUUGAAGAAGACCUGAAAACAUACAAAGCUAUCGAAAAGAUCUUGAGAAAUAAGUGCUCCAAGUCAGUUGAGAGUGGCGAGGCCAACAUGGAGCCCGUGGUGGACGACGAGGAUGUGUUUCCACCCUACGUGCUAAGGCCGGAUGGCCCUCAGGUCACCAUGAACACAGCCAUCGGGCAUAUCAAUAGAUACUGUGCUAGAUUGCCGAGCGAUCCGUUCACUCAUCUUGCUCCAAAAUGUAGAACUCAGGAGUUGCCUGAUGGUACAUUUUAUUCGACUCUUUAUCUGCCAAUUAACUCACCUCUUCGAGCUUCCAUUGUUGGCCCGCCCAUGGAUUGUGUCCGGCAGGCCGAGAGAGCAGUAGCCCUCAUCUGCUGUGAGAAACUGCACAAAAUCGGCGAACUGGAUGACCACUUCAUGCCCGUUGGGAAGGAGACGGUCAAAUAUGAAGAAGAGCUCGACUUGCAUGACGAGGAAGAGACCAGCGUUCCUGGCCGACCGGGUUCCACGAAACGGAGACAGUGCUACCCUAAAGCAAUCCCAGAAUGUCUGCGGGAGAGCUACCCCAGGCCGGACCAGCCCUGUUACCUGUAUGUGAUUGGCAUGGUCCUCACCACGCCGCUCCCUGACGAACUCAACUUCAGGCGGCGGAAGCUGUACCCACCCGAGGACACCACCCGCUGCUUUGGCAUUCUGACGGCCAAGCCAAUACCUCAGAUCCCGCACUUUCCUGUGUACACGCGCUCUGGAGAAGUGACCAUAUCCAUUGAGCUGAAGAAGUCUGGCUUCACACUGCCCCUGCAGAAGCUGGAGCUGAUCACCAGACUUCACCAGUACAUCUUCUCGCACAUUCUCCGGCUCGAGAAGCCUGCUUUAGAGUUCAAGCCCACCGACGCUGACUCAGCAUACUGUGUUCUACCUCUUAAUGUUGUUCAUCACUCCAGCACUUUGGACAUUGACUUUCAGUUCAUGGAAGACAUUGAGAAAUCAGAAGCUCGCAUAGGCAUUCCCAGUACCAAGUAUUCAAAGGAAACACCAUUUGUUUUCAGAUUAGAAGAUUACCAGGAUGCCGUUAUUAUUCCAAGAUAUCGCAACUUUGAUCAGCCUCAUCGAUUUUAUGUCGCUGAUGUCUACACUGAUUUGACCCCACUGAGUAAAUUUCCUUCCCCCGAGUAUGAAACUUUUGCAGAAUAUUAUAAAACCAAGUACAACCUUGACCUGACCAAUCUCAACCAGCCCCUGCUGGAUGUCGACCAUACAUCAUCACGACUUAAUCUUUUGACCCCUCGCCAUUUGAAUCAGAAGGGCAAAGCACUUCCUCUGAGCAGCGCCGAGAAGAGGAAAGCCAAGUGGGAGAGUCUACAAAACAAGCAGAUCCUGGUUCCAGAGCUCUGUGCUAUCCACCCAAUCCCGGCGUCGCUGUGGAGAAAAGCAGUCUGUCUGCCAAGUAUUCUUUACCGCCUUCACUGCCUUCUGACCGCAGAGGAGCUGAGAGCCCAGACAGCCAGCGACGCCGGGGUGGGGGUCCAGUCGCUUCCCGUGGACUUCAGAUACUCCAACCUGGACUUCGGGUGGAAGAAAUCCAUCGACAGCAAGUCUUUCAUCUCGGUUGCUAAUUCCUCAGCCGAAACCGACCCUCAGUGUAAGCACAGCCUAACUGUAGUCCCUGACAAUGCUGCACAGCCCGGUGCUAACCGAACUCCCUCUCCCGGGAACCACGACCAGGUGUCUGUGAGCGGCAGAGCGAUGCCCGCCGCGGGGGCCAGCAAACCCCCCGCGGCUGCGGUAAACGGCCUCGCCUGCCCCAGAGCCCUUGCCAAUGGCAGAGACUUUUGCCAAGGAAAUCCGCCGACUUCCUCCUGGCCCGAAAUACCUGAACAACCACCUACCUCAUUCUCCAUUCGGAAUUUCUACAACCGCGGGAACCAGCCCCCAACCAUGCCCCGGCCCAGCGCUGAAUGUACCCUGCCCGGCGGCCGGCGCCCCGACGGACUCGCCAACACAUCUACCUCAGAUGGGCAUCCCACCGUGGCCGCGGGCACCCUGGAGGAGGUGGCUCCGGGCCCCUGCCACUCCCCUCGGACUCUGGGCCCCAAUCCCGGGCUCAUCCUCCAGGCACUCACCCUCUCCAAUGCCAGCGAUGGCUUCAACCUAGAACGGCUGGAGAUGCUGGGCGACUCGUUCCUAAAACAUGCCAUCACCACCUACCUUUUCUGCACCUACCCCGAUGCGCACGAGGGCCGCCUCUCCUAUAUGCGGAGCAAGAAGGUCAGCAACUGCAACCUGUAUCGGCUUGGCAAGAAGAAGGGGCUGCCAAGUCGCAUGGUGGUGUCGAUAUUCGACCCCCCUGUGAAUUGGCUUCCUCCCGGCUAUGUGGUCAAUCAGGACAAAAGCCGCUCGGAUAAGUGGGGGAAGGACGACCUGACAAAAGACUGCAUGCUGGCCAAUGGCAAGUUGGAGGAUGCCUUUGGGGAGGAGGAGGAGGAGGAAGAAGAGGAAGAGGAGCUGACGUGGCGUGCGCCCAAAGAGGACCCCGAUUACGAGGAUGACAUUCUAGAAUAUGACCAGGAGCACAUUAAGUUCAUCGAUAACAUGCUGAUGGGCUCAGGUGCCUUCGUAAAGAAAAUCUCCCUUUCACCCUUUGCCAGCCCGGACUCGGACCCAGCGGCGGCCACGGCGGCAGCUGCAGCGGCCGCAGCUGCAGCGGCCACGGCAGCCGCCACCUACGAGUGGAAGAUGCCCAAGAAACCGCCGCUGGGGGCUGCGCCCUUCUCGUCGGACUUGGAGGACUUCGACUACAGCUCGUGGGAUGCCAUGUGCUACCUGGACCCCAGCAAGGCUGGGGAUGAGGAUGACUUCGUGGUGGGCUUCUGGAACCCAUCGGAGGAGAGCUGCGGAGCCGAGGCGGGCAAGCAGUGCCUCUCCUAUGACUUGCACACGGAGCAGUGCAUCGCAGACAAGAGCAUCGCCGACUGCGUGGAGGCACUGUUGGGCUGCUAUCUGACCAGCUGUGGGGAGCGUGCGGCCCAGCUCUUCCUCUGCUCGCUGGGGCUGAAGGUGCUGCCCACCAUGCCCCGGGCCCGUGGAGGAGGUGGAGGAGAAGGAGCAGGGCCUAGAGCCCUGGCUGGGGCCCUCUGGAAGGACCUGGAGUACGGCUGCCUGAAGAUCCCACCACGGUGCAUGUUUGACCACCCGGACGCCGACCGGACGCUGGCGCAUCUAAUUUCGGGCUUCAGCAACUUUGAGCAGAAGAUCAACUACAGGUUCAAGAACAAGGCAUACCUGCUGCAGGCCUUCACACAUGCCUCCUACCACUACAACACCAUCACGGAUUGUUACCAGCGCCUCGAGUUUCUGGGGGAUGCGAUCCUGGACUACCUCAUAACCAAGCACCUUUACGAGGACCCCCGGCAGCACUCCCCGGGGGUGCUCACGGACCUCCGUUCGGCCCUGGUCAACAACACCAUCUUCGCGUCCCUGGCCGUCAAGUACGACUAUCACAAGUACUUCAAGGCUGUGUCCCCUGAGCUCUUCCAUGUCAUCGAUGACUUCGUGCAGUUCCAGCUGGAGAAGAACGAGAUGCAGGGCAUGGACUCCGAGCUAAGGAGAUCCGAGGAGGACGAAGAGAAAGAGGAAGACAUCGAAGUCCCCAAGGCCAUGGGGGAUAUUUUUGAGUCACUGGCUGGUGCCAUUUACAUGGACAGUGGGAUGUCACUGGAGACAGUCUGGCGUGUCUACUGCCCCAUGAUGCGGCCGCUCAUAGAAAAGUUUUCUGCGAAUGUGCCCCGGUCCCCUGUACGGGAAUUGCUUGAAAUGGAACCAGAAACUGCCAAGUUUAGCCCGGCUGAGAGGACGUAUGAUGGGAAAGUCCGAGUCACUGUGGAAGUGGUGGGCAAAGGCAAAUUCAAAGGCGUGGGCCGGAGCUACCGGAUCGCUAAGUCGGCGGCAGCCAGAAGAGCCCUGCGAAGCCUCAAAGCAAAUCAACCUCAGGUUCCCAACAGCUGAAACCCCUCUGGAGAGAAAACCGAGUGUUUUUGUUUGUUUGUUUGUUUGUUGUUGUUUUUUAAAAAAGCAGAAUUAAGGGAAGAAAUAUUUAAGUUGAAAAGGCUGAUUUUAAGGUGGAGAAGAAGCAGAAUGAAUUUGAGGCAGAAUAAAUGAAAUGUCUGUUUGAUAACAAGCUAGAUCACAAAAUAAAACAUUGAACAUAUGUACAAAAAAAAAAACAUCGCCACUCACUGUAGUUGUAGUUUCUUUGCACAAACACAAUCUUUCUUUCCUCACUUCUGCUUUGCCCCACUCCCUAGCGCGCUUCUGUGUUACCUGCUAGUUAGCCCAUGUUUUGGAAUCUUUGGCCACAGGCUUGGGUUGGCUGGUUGGUUGUUGGUUUCUGUUUGCUUUUGUGUUUUCAUUUCUGGCAGCUUGGCUUGGUGUCGGGAGAUGGGUCUGCUCCCCUCACUCGUGGCUUGCACAGCCCUGUUUGCUUCCCAAUAUUGCAAAGCGGACUGGAAGGAUCUGGUUUGCCGGCAGAAACUUGCACUGUUGGGAUUGUUCUUCCCAGGCCAAUGGGGCUGAUGCUGGGAUGGGUUGCCCACUCAUUCCUUGCAGUGAUGAAGGGAUGAAUUUCAGAUGAAUGCUGCUGGCCUGCCGGGGAAUCCGAGUCUAGUUUUCAUGUGUCUCGCAUCCAAGAAGUCUUGCCUUAAAAAAAAAAUCAACACAAAAAUCAAACCUCCUAAUGCAUCUUUUAGUUCCUGAUCUUUGGGAACAAGCUUUCUUUCUUUUUUCUUUUUUU